UUUUUUCUUCUCCCUACCUUCAUUUUCCUCAUUCUCGCUGGCUGCAGUCGGCACCCCCAGAGAAUGGUUUCAGGUUCGGGGAUUUGCGCUCGGAGGGUGGUGGUGGAUGCCCGCCACCACAUGCUCGGCCGACUGGCCUCCAUUAUCGCGAAGGAGCUUCUCAAUGGCCAGAAGGUCGUCGUCGUCCGGUGCGAAGAGAUCUGUCUAUCCGGCGGCCUCGUUCGCCAGAAGAUGAAAUACCUUCGCUUCCUCCGAAAGCGAAUGAACACUAAACCCUCUCACGGCCCCAUUCACUUCCGCUCCCCUGCUAAGAUCCUCUGGAGGACGAUUCGAGGAAUGAUUCCUCACAAGACAAAGCGUGGAGCGGCUGCCCUUGCUCGCUUGAAGGCUUAUGAGGGUAUUCCUCCUCCUUAUGAUAAGAUGAAGAGGAUGGUCAUCCCCGAUGCUCUCAAGGUUUUGAGGCUUCAACCCGGACACAAGUACUGUUUGUUGGGUCGCCUUUCUUCGGAGGUUGGAUGGAACCACUAUGAUACUAUUAAGGUACUUGAGAAGAAGAGAAAGGAGAGGGCCCAAGUGGCAUAUGAAAGGAGGAAGCAACUGAAUAAACUACGGGUUAAAGCUGAGAAGGCCGCGGAGGAGCAGCUUGGUCCCCAGUUGGACAUUCUUGCUCCCAUUAAAUACUGAAGUGUUGGAAAUUUUAGUAGCUUUCCUCCUAUCUUUGAAAGUUAUCCAUAGAAUUUCUUUCUUGUUGCAUUUUUUUGGUCCCCAGUUGCUUAAGUUCAGUUUUGACACUUUUUGGAGAGUUGCGUAUAAACUUUUAGUAGCCUAAUCAUGAACUGCUGAAUUUAGCAUUUUUCCUCUAUAAAUUAGACGGUUAUUGUAUGUUCCAUUGUCUUAUUUUUGUUAUUUUGUAGUGUA